CUAGCUUAGCUAAUUUCCUAACAUGAAGCCGGAAGUGAGGAGGGGGGAAUCAUCUCAGUCUCUGCUGUGGUUGGUUGGUUUGAAUUUGCCCUGCGCGGACACGAUUACCAGACGAAAACAUUUUUUAAGCGUCAUUGUUGACGUAAGUAAAAUAGUACAUUUUAAAACCAAACAUACCGACGCAGGACUUAUUUUAUUGACUAAGCGAUAAGCGGGAAGGUAAAAUUACGUUACGCGGCUUCAGGAGCUAGUUAGCGGUGUUUUAGAUUAAGUGGUUCCACUGUUACCUGGUGACCGCCUUCCUUUAGCGUCCUAUUGCAGCUCCGCGACAGCAGAUGCUAAAACCCGACAUAAAUCCAGAACUGACCUUAAAACACAUUUUAACCACAUUUACAAUCAUGUUCAAAGUGGCGAGCUUUUUGUAAGUUCUUUUUCAACUUCUGCUAUGACUGCGGCUAAAGGAAGUCACCAGUCGACGUGGAGACCGAUUCAUCCGAAACACCGGCCUGAGCGUCUAUAGCAGCUAGUUAGCCGAUAGUUAGUAUCUGGUGUGAUGGGUAGUUAGUGCAGCGUAAACCUGUGAUAACGACCAUGAAAGCCGGCCGGGGGAGAUGAUUAACUCCGGGGGACUGAAGCUGAAGGUUAAGCGGGUGUGCUCGAGGAAAAGAUCCAGAGAAGGACCGAAGACUCAUCUGACACCUGAGCCGAAGAGAGGAGGGGCAGCCCGGCCACUGGCAUGUUCCGGGGCCGCCAUGGUGGAGGUCCGGGGUCCAUCCGAGGAGGUCCGGGGGUCCUCCGAAGAGUUUUGCAGCGACGGUGAGGAUUUAUUCGGAGACUAUGACAGCAUCCUGGAGGACAGCGCCGUCCUCGCCGAGCUGGACGGCGCCGAGCGGAGCCACAGAGACGCUGUGUGGCGGGAAGAUGGCGGCGGCGAGCGGCAGGAAGACGGUGGCGAGCGGCGGGAAGACGACAGCCUCCUGGACGAGCCAAACCCGGCGGAGCGGCUCCCGCCCAGCCAGCUGCAGUUCCAGCAGGAGGAGGAGGAGGAGCGGCGGAGGAGGGAGUCCUCCUCGCCGUCCCGGGCGGCCGGCGGCGGCGGCGGCCGGCGGAGCGUGGCGGAGCAGCUGAAGAGGACCAUGCUGGGGAACGGGGCGGCGCCGCGCAGCGUCUCCCGGGCGGCGGCGCUCCGGGAGGCGGCGGUGUCGGAGGAGAUGGGCGUGGCCGCCCGCGCCGUGGAGGCGGCGGCGGCGGACGAGACCGCCGACCUCGGGCCGUUCUUCGGUCUGCCGAGCCGAGUCCAGGACCUGCUGCGGCGCCUGAGGGGGAUCGACACGCUGUACGACUGGCAGCACGCCUGUCUGAACCUGGACUGCGUCCGGCGGAGGAGGAACCUGAUCUUCUCGCUUCCCACCAGCGGAGGAAAGACGCUGGUGGCCGAAAUCCUGCUGCUGCGAGAAAUCCUGAGGAGGAGGAGGGACGGACUCUUCAUCCUGCCCUACGUGUCCCUGGUGCAGGAGAAGGUGCGCGGCCUGGCCGCUCUGGGCCUGGAGCUGGACUUCCUGGUGGAGGAGUACGCGGGCAGCAGGGGGCGGUUCCCGCCGCUGAGGAGGCGGGGCCGGCGCUCUCUGUACGUGGCGACCAUCGAGAAGGCUCACAGCCUGGUGGAGGCGCUGCUGGAGGCCGGCCGGCUGCAGGAGCUGGGGCUGCUGGUGGUGGACGAGCUCCACAUGCUGGGGGACGGCAGCAGAGGAGCCCUCAUUGAGACCACUCUGGCCAAAGUCCAGUAUGUGAGCAAGUCCACUCAGAUCAUCGGGAUGAGCGCCACCUUGGGGAACAUCGGAGACCUGCAGGUUUUCCUGAGAGCAGAACACUUCUCCAGCGACUUCCGUCCGGUGGAGCUGAAGGAGUUCGUCAAGCUGGGAGACUCCGUCUACCAGGUGGACCCGACGGAGGAGAGCGGCCUCAGCUUCUCACGCCAGCUCAGCUUCAAGUACUCCAGCUCCAUGCAGAAGGCUGACCCGGACCACGUGGUGGCUCUGGUGACGGAGGUGGUCCCGUCCCACUCCUGCCUGGUCUUCUGUCCCACCAAGAAGAACUGCGAGAACGUGGCCCAGAUGAUCUGCAGCUACCUGAAGGAGGAGUUCCUGCAGCACCGGCGCGAGGAGAAGGCGGAGCUGCUGCGGCAGCUGAGGGCGGGGGGGCAGGGCUGGGUGUGCCCGGUGCUGCGGAGGACCGUCCCCUUCGGCCUGGCGUACCACCACAGCGGCCUGACCUCGGAGGAGCGGCGGCUGGUGGAGGAGGCGUACUCCGCCGGCGUGCUCUGCCUGCUGGCCUGCACCUCCACCCUGGCUGCAGGCGUCAACCUGCCGGCGCGCAGGGUGAUCCUCCGCUCCCCCUACGUGGCCUCAGAGUUCCUGAAGAGGACUCAGUACAAGCAGAUGGUGGGACGAGCCGGGCGGGCCGGAAUCGACUCGGUGGGAGAGAGCAUCCUGAUCCUGCAGGACCGGGACCGGGACAAGGUGAAGACUCUGCUCUGCGCCCCGGUGGAGAACUGCUACAGUCAGCUGAUGCACGGCGACGGAAAAGGCCUCCUCAGCCUCAUCCUGUCCCUCAUCGGGUUAAAGGUCGGCACGUCGCUGCAGCAGCUGCAGGACUUCCUGAGCGGGACGCUGCUGUUCGUGCAGCAGCUGUGCGCCGACACCGACCUGCAGGAGGCGCUGCAGAGCAGCGUCCGCCUGUUGCAGGAGCAGCGUCUGGUCUGCGCCGCCGACGGCGCCACGCUGCAGGUCACCCAGCUGGGAAGAGCCACCUUCAAAGGCUCGGUGGACGUGUCCCACAGUGCCGUCCUGUACGGAGACCUGUCCCGCGGUCUGGACGGCCUGCUGCUCAGCAGCUACCUGCACCUGCUGUACCUGGUGACCCCGUACGAGCUGCUGGCCCAGUGCAGACCGGACUGGAUGGUCUACCUGAGACAGGUCACGUCUCUCUCGCCUGCGGAGCAGAAGAUGUUUGCCGCCGUCGGGAUUCCGGAGAGUUUUGUGGCCCGAAAAGCCGCCGGACAGACGGUGAAGAAGUCCGUGCCGGUCCAGCCGGUCCUCAGGAUGUACCUGGCCCUGGUCCUGCUGGCCCUGCUGAAGGACCCGGACCUGGUGGCGGUCUCGGACCGGUUCCAGCUGAGCCGGGGCUUCGUCCAGACGCUGCUCAGCUCCGCCGCCGCCUUCUGCUCCUGCGUGCUGCGCUUCGCCCAGGAGCUGGAGGAGUUCUGGCCGUUCCGGACUCUGCUGAGCGAGCUGACCCGCCGCCUCAGCUACUGCGUGAAGGCGGAGCUGAUUCCCCUGAUGGAGGUGGCCGGCGUGCUGGAGUCCAGAGCCAGGCAGCUGUACUCCGCCGGCUACACCUCUCUGACUCACCUGGCCAACGCUGACCCCGCCCACCUCUGCAGGAGCCUCACACACCUGUACAGGAAGCAGGCGGAGCAGAUGGUGGCGUCUGCUAAGAUGCUGCUCAGUGAGAAAGCUGCUGCUCUCCAGGAGGAAGUCGACAAUCUUCUGUCUCCACCGUCUGACCUGCCGCCGCCGCCGCCGCUUUGACCGGGCCUCCGGCCGGCUCCUGCAACCCGGUGCCGCUCCGACCCGGUGCCGCUCCGACCCGGUGCCGCCGCCGGUGGUGGGCGGAGUCUCUCCCUCCAGACUCGGAGCGGGUCUCUGGCGCCCUGGGUCUCAGGGGGUCCUGGAGGGACGGGGAUCGGUACUCAUCAUGGACCGAGGACUUUGUGUUUCUGUGUAUUUAAAUAAAAAUCGUUUUUUUAAUAGAUGUUUGGUUUUGUUUACAUUUCUGAGAUUUUUUUAAUAAACUUUUUGUUAA